UCACGUCAUUCAGGCCGAGGUUCUACUCGCGACCUACUUCUAUUCCAUGGGCCGCUCAGUCGAAGGACGCUAUCACACCAGCGCUGCAGUGGCUCUUGCAGUAAUUCUCCAGUCACACAAUACUGGCGCUCUCUCCACCGGGGGACCGUACCAUCGUGUACAGAGUCAUACCAUUGGCGCGAGCCCUCCGACGGACGACGAAGAGAUACACCAUAUCUUAUGGUCUGUCUAUAUCCUCGACAGGACCUGGUCUGUAGCCACAGGCUCACAACUUGGUGCACCAUUGGCGAUCAAUUGCGGGACCCCACGACCACUGGCAAUUAACACACUGCAGAAUGAUGCCUUUGUACAAGCAGAUCCAUCGACCGCCGAUAAUGCACUGAUCCGAGAGCAUAUUAAUUGUCUCUUGGCAUUAAGUGUGCUGUGCUUGUUUUACGCGCGAAAGCGGCCGCCUAUACGAGCGCGCUUCGAGGACGACUUCGCAUUACUCCGGGCCGAGUCAAGUCUGCGGCGUGAAGACGAUAGCAGUGUUUUGCUGGUGCACACUUUGGCACAUGCAGCGACAGCACAACUUUACCGAGGCUGCCAUGAGCCUCAGACGCUCGCAGGCCAGAAGGCAUUGCGGCUGCGAUCAUAUCCGCGAUGCGCAUCCAGGUACUAUGGGGUGAUAUCGCUCGCGUACUUAAGGGUGAGUCUUUCUGUCGGGAAUCUCAUCGUCAUUGACUCGCACCCAUAUUGGCUUAGCUGCUAGUCGAAAGUAUCCAGAGCAUGACCAUGGUCGCAUAGCUCUAAACGCACUACAGAAUGUGCAACGCGUGAUGUCCACUAGUAGCCGCGCGAUUCCAAACAUGGCUCUUCAGCUUGCUCGGAUACAGCAGGAGGUGCAGUCGAGGCGACCAUCGGCCGUCUGAUAUGAGACACAUAGUGGCAUGAUCUCUUCGAAUUCGUUGUAGCUUGAUCCGGUUCCGACAUCGCAGUCGACAGAGCGGACCAUACGUUCGUUAUGCUAUUCGGCGUUGUGGCUAUGUA